CUUUAUAAGGCUGUGGAGGGACAUCUGUCAGGAAGAGAACUCCCUGCCAUGCUCAAAGGAAAACCAGACAAAUCCUCUCCUUUCCUCCAUGGUUCUGACCUCCCUCCCAGCCAGUCUGAAUGAGUGGAGAAAAAUGACCACCAAUCCUUACCAGUCCCCUUCUCUGAUAUUCAUCAAUGAGAAGAAAUUCAUUACAAGGGGUAUGACCCGCUGGGGGGAGUUUGAUGACCUCUAUCGCAUCAGUGAGCUGGAGAAGAAACAGAGUUCUGUGCAGGAAGCCAAAGAUCCCCAAGACGAUUAUAUGUCUUGUAACAGCAGCACCCUGAGGCCUCUGGUAGUGGAUGAACCAGAUUCUCCCUUGCUAUACAGAACGAUGAGUGAAGCAGCCUUGGUGAGAAAGAACAUAAACCUUGGCAAGAUAGAGAGAAGAGAUCCACAGCAUCACAGAGUGUCUAUUAAUGGCCACUUCUAUAACCAUGAGACAUCAAUUUUUACUCCAGCUUAUGGAUCCCAAACCAAAGUGAGAAUUAACAGUAACAUGAGAACAGAAGAAGUAAUAAAGCAGCUUCUACAAAAAUUCAAGAUUGAAAACAAUCCCCAGGAUUUUGCCCUUUACAUUAUCUAUGCAACUGGAGAAAAGAGACGGCUAAAGAAGACAGACAUUCCCUUGUUUCAGAGGCUUUUGCAAGGUCCCUCACAGAGGAAUGCCAGGAUUUUCCUCAUGGACAAAGAUGCAGAAGAAAUCAGUAGUGAUGUGGCUGACUACAUUCACUGUCACCUUUCUCUCUUGGAAUCAAUCCUUCAAAGAUUAAAUGAUGAAGAAGCACAAGAGAUUCAAAAAAUAAUCACAAAAUUCAGUGCAGAGAAGUCUUUUAUACGAAAACAUCUUCAAAAUAAAAUGAUAGUAAAGACAGAGACAACAGUGUAGUGUAACAAACACCAUGGAUCAAACACUUUGGCCAAGUGAAAAGUAUUUGCAUACUUAAUGAGUGCAUGAAUAUUGUAGGUACAUGCAUUAAUAUAGGAACUUCGAGCUUGUAGAAAAUCAUCUGACCAGGAAAUUUCACCUCCAUAGGAAGAGGUGAAGUUGCCUUCAUAUUAGAAUUGGGGUACUAUGUAUCCUGAAAAUUAGAUGGCCAGAGUAGUACUCAUUUUUUUUUCAAAGUUAGAGAGGCAUUUUGGACAGUGUGAAUUUAAAAUCUCUUCCUUAGCUUGAACGUUGUGAACUAACUCUUUGCAAGAAAUGACAAAUGAAAUGGGAAAUAAAGACUGCGAACACUUUUGGAAAAAAAAGACACAUUCUUUAUGUUGCAAAGAAAUUCAGUUUCACUGAGUGGAAUUUAUAGAUCAUUGAUGACUUGGGUUUUCACAAAAAUGAGGAUGACUUUGCAAGUUGGCAAGUGAGCUUCUGUUAUCUGCUUGUUAUCCUGAUAAAACCCCAGAGGACCAAAGACCAUAGGCACCUAGUAAACUACAAUAUCUGCAGGCGGACCUUUCCCAGCAUUACUGGCCUUCUAGUUCCUUUGCCCUGAAGGGACUUCUGUAUAGGAAGUAUGACAUCUGGUAAAGGAUUUCAUGGAAAGUUCAAAAAGCUGUCCCUGACUUCCUAUUUAUUGUUUUCCAGAGCUAACUUUCAAAACACAAAAGAAAUUCUGAAAACACAACAUGAAUUUGGAACUUGUGGUGGUUAUUUUUAUAUGUAGUUGUUGUCAUCAACAAUAAUUUUUUAAGCAAUUCCUUAUAAGGGUCAAUAGGUCUUUUUCUUAAUCUACCUCCAUUUUUAUUUCUCAUGAUAUCGUCUAAAAAAAACUAAAACAUUUUAUGUGUUAUAUAGACUAGAGCACUGUACGAUAAGUACACAGCUGGAAAAUUACUUUUGAAUGUUAAAAUACAUAUCACAAUCAUUUCAAAGAUAUAUAAUUCUAAAUUAUCACCAAAAUGGACUGGAGUGUGUUCACAUACAUUAAAUUAUAUUAAAGACCUCCUUGUAUGGUAUACUACAUGUGACCAGGCUUUCAUUACUCUGCUUGACUUUUGGUAACUGUCAAGAAAAAGAUGCCUACUUACUAAAUAUGAGACUGAGAAUAUAGACUGUAACUCAUAGCGCUCUAACUCAUAUAUUCAUAGAGAAUAUAAGAUAGAGUUUAUAAAUCAUUAAUGACUUUUGGGUUUUCACAAAAAUGAGGAUGACCUUGCAAACUGGCAAGUGAACUUUUUAUAUGUGAUAGAGACUAGAGUCCUGUAUGAUAAGUACACAGCUGGACAACUACUUUUAAAUAUUAAAAUACACAUCUCAGUCAUUUCAAAGACAUAUAAUUCUAAAUUAUGGCCAAAAUUGACUGAAGUGUGUUCAUAUACAUUAAAUUAUAUUAAAGACCUCCUUGUAUGAUAUACUACAUGUGACUGGGCUUUCAUUACUCUGUUUGCUUUUUGGUAACUCUCGAGGAAAAAUUUGCCCAAUUGCAAAAUGAGAGGCUGAAAAUAUAGACUAUAACUCAUAGUGCUCUAACUCAUAUAUUCAUAAAGAAUAUAGAGUAGAAUUUAUAGAUCAUUGAUGACUCUUGGGUUUUCACAAAAAUGAGGAUGACCUUGCAAGUUGGCAAAUGAACAUUUUAUAUGUGAUGCAGGCUAGUGCUCUGUAGGAUAAGUAUACAGCUGGAAAAUUACUUUUCAAUAUUAAAAUAACACAUCACAGGAGCUUACAACUCAUGCUACUUUCUGAUAACUUUCCUUAGUUGAGAAGACUAAAUUACUUACACCUUGAAAGAAAUGGAUUUCAUCACAAAUGCUUUUAUUAAGUAUUUACAAAGAUGUCAGGCACUGUGCUAAACUCUGGGAAUACAAAGGAAAUAUG